AGCCGAGGAGAGGUGUGGCUGCUCAGAGCUAGUGGAAUUUUCCAUCUGACCGGGCCUCUUAUAGCACUGACUGUCUAGCAGCGGAACACACGGUGACUGAGCGAGGCCCAGUUUGACAGGUAACGAUAUCCCGACUCUGGAACAUCCUCCGGGUCUCACACCAGCAGUGGCUCUGUCACAUCCCGGAUCUCUGCCCCACAACUCGGCUUCGGUUCAUGGCUAACUACAUUCACGUACCGCCGGGCUCGCCAGAUGUGCCCAAGCUAGACCUCACUGUACUGGAGACCGGAUACCGGGAGGGUGCCAUGCGGCUGCUGCAGGAGAUCCGGCCCGAGUGGAAGGCGGAGGAGGUGACCACUAAGGUUUUUACUGAUGGAAUUACCAAUAAACUAAUUGGAUGUCAUGUUGGAGACGAAAUGAAGGAUGUUGUCCUUGUUCGUAUCUAUGGGAAUAAAACUGAGCUGCUUGUUGAUAGAGAUGAGGAACUGAAGAGCUUUCGUGUUCUGCAGUCUCAUGGAUGUGCACCUCAACUCUACUGCACGUUCAACAAUGGAUUAUGCUACAAGUUUAUGCAAGGCGAGGCACUGGACCCAGAGCACGUCUGCAAUCCAACCAUUUUCAGGCUUAUAGCACGACAGCUUGCCAAAAUCCACGCCAUCCAUGCCCACAAUGGUUGGAUACCAAAAUCCAAUAUGUGGUUAAAGAUGAGAAAAUAUUUCUCCCUUAUUCCUACAGAAUUUGAAGAUGAGAAAGUCAAUAACCGGUUUCUGCAGGAUGUUCCAAAUUCUCAAGUUCUAGAAGCAGAGAUGACCUGGAUGAAGGACGUUUUGUCCAAUUUAGGUUCACCUGUGGUACUUAGUCACAAUGACCUGUUGUGUAAGAACAUAAUCUACAAUGAAAAACAAGGUGAUGUGCAGUUCAUUGACUAUGAAUACUCUGGAUACAACUACCAGGCCUAUGAUAUUGGGAAUCAUUUUAAUGAAUUUGCAGGUGUUAAUGAAGUGAACUACAGUUUGUACCCUGGAAAAGAACUGCAGUCUCAGUGGCUGCGGUCGUACUUGGAAGCCUAUAAAGAAUACAAAGGAUUUAACAGCGAGGUUACUGACAAAGAGGUGGAAAUCCUUUAUGUGCAGGUUAAUAGGUUUGCACUGGCGUCGCAUUUCUUCUGGGGACUAUGGGCUUUAAUCCAAGCAAAAUAUUCAAAAAUAGAUUUUGAUUUCUUGGGGUAUGCUAUUGUCCGAUUUAACCAAUAUUUCAAAAUGAAGCCAGAGGUGACCUCCCUGAGUAUGCCGGAGUAAGGAACGACCUGACUUAACAGAUCUCCAACUCAAGCAAUGUUCAUGAGACUGAUUGGCAAACCUAAUAUAAAGUGACAAAUGUGUAUGUAUGUGUAUGUG